AUGACGUCGGCGUACGAGCGCGGCACGCAGGCGCCGAUGGAUAUCACGGAGCUUGGGCCGCGCAAGCCCUCUGUGUUUGAUGUGCCUGACCUCAGCAUGGCGUCUCCCGAUGCGUCGCUCAUGGACAUUGAUCCGGACGUGCCGACGGUGCCGCCGCCGGCCAUGGCGACCCUGCCGCUUGUGCCGCCGCAGAUCGAGGCACCGCGCCCAAGCGAGGCGCCGCCGCCGCCGCUCGAUGUCGCGCCGGUGCCGCGCAGCAAGCCCGCGCCACGAGACCCCGUCACCCGGAGCGAGGCGCCUCGCCCAGCGCUCUCCCUUGGGUCCCUGCCGCGCCCGGAAACGCUGCUCACGUAUGCGCAGGUCGUCUUUAAUCUGAGUAUCCUCGUCGUGUUCCUCUACCUCCUGCUGAAUAUCGUCUUGACGAUCCAGCACGACGUCUCGCAGAAAGUACGCGAAUACGAACUCGACUACCUCGGCGAGAUUUCCUCGUGCGAAGCGCGGUACACGUCGAACCGAUGCGGCUCAGACAUGCAAGCGCCAGCGCUGUCGGAAGCCUGUGAAGCAUGGCGCCGGUGUGCGUCGCGCGACCCGACGGUCGUGGGCCGCGCGCGCGUCACGGCUGAGACGUUCGCCGAGAUCCUAAAUGGGUUCGUGGAUGUGGUGAGCUGGAAGACUAUGCUGUUUUCGCUGCUGACGCUAUCGAUCGUCGUGGGCGCGACCAACUCGACGCUGUCGUUUUUUCCGCGUCCAGACGGCAGCGCGGCACGACACGAUGCCGCCGCCACCGCCGCACCAUGCGUACAUGCGCCGGCGUAUACCCUACAUGGUGGCAGAGGACGACGACCACUAGUCUCGCGGGGUAUCUUGCCUCGUGCGGCGUGCCAUAUAUUGUGCGAGCCUCGCGCGUCGCGCGGCCUUCGCUACACGCAGCUGCUCGGGUGUGAACACCAUCUGCGCACGCUCGCGCUCGCGCUGAAACUGCGCCUGUAG